GUUUUACGCACAGGAGGAGAUAUGGAGAACCUGGGAAUCUGAGAAUUGUUCACAUCUUCAUCUUUUAAAAAUGUUCCACCACGGAAACACCAAGAAGUGCUUCACCAUAGAGUCCCUGGUGGGGAAGGAGGUGAGCGGAGGAGGAGGAGGAGAUGAACCGAUCCGACCCACCGCGCUCCGCUUCCCGGACUCUCUGCACCCCGGGGUGUUCGGCUCCUGUUUCCCGGGGAGGACUUCUUCUUCCUCCCUGUACGGAUCCUCCGGGCCGGAAAUGGGGCUUCUUCACCCGGACUCACACACGCAGAGUCCCGGGGGAGGAAUGCCUCUUCACCCGCUGCAGAUCCCUCCGCAGAGCUUCUUCGGCCCCGGGCAGCACCGGGAGCUGGGCUUCUACCCCUGGGUGCUCCGGAGCCGGUACCUGGGACACCGCUUCCAAG